AUGGCGAUUUUAGAUGUUUUUCUCCAGUCGUCCAUUUCUGUCUCCUUCCUGGGGGCUCUUGUGGUCCUCCUGCUCAUCUACCUUGUCUCCUCAUUCAGCUUCAGCCUCCAGGAGGAUAGAAAAGAUCCUCCAGGGCCAAAACCACUUCCUCUGCUCGGGAACCUGCUGCAGCUUGACCUUGCGAGACCCUACAAGACAUUACUGGAGCUUUCCAAGAAAUAUGGAUCAGUGUUCACCGUCUAUUUUGGACCCAAAAAAGUGGUGGUCCUGGCUGGACACAAGACAGUGAAAGAGGCUCUGGUCAAUCAUGCUGAAGAGUUUGGAGACAGAGAUUCAAUACAAAUAAUGGAAGACAGCAGUCAAGGCCAUGGGGUUUUAUGGUCCAAUGGAGAUUCAUGGAAGGAGAUGAGACGCUUUGCCUUGACAAACCUGAGAGAUUUUGGGAUGGGCAAGAAGGUGUGUGAGGACAAGAUCAUUGAGGAAUGUGACUACCUCAUUGAAGUGUUCAAGGAAUUUAAAGGAGAAGCUUUUGAUACGACUCAACCAAUGAACCGUGCAGUCUCUAAUAUUAUCUGCUCCAUUGUAUAUGGGAGCAGAUUUGAAUAUGAUGACCCAGAGUUUACGUCCCUUGUCGAUCGAACAAACAGAAAUAUUCAACUUGUGGCCUCUCCGUCAAUACAGAUGUAUAACCUGUUUCCAUGGAUCGGUGGAUGGAUCAAUACCAAGAAGGAAAUCCUGAAGUCGGUUUCUGCCAACAAGCAACAGAACUCACGACUGUUCAGUCGUUUGAAGGAGACCCUCAAUCCCCAGAUGUGCAGAGGCCUUGUGGAUGCCUUUCUGGUCCGAAUGCAAGAUCUGGAGAAAUCUGGGAUCAACAGUCACUUCCACAAUGACAACCUUAUGUUCACAGUUUUGCAUCUCUUUGCUGCCGGCACUGACACAACAGCAACUACACUGAGAUGGGCACUUCUGCUUAUGGCCAAGUAUCCAAAAAUACAGGACCAGGUCCAGGAGGAGCUGAGCAGGGUGAUAGGAAGUCGUCAGGUUCGUCUCGAGGACAGGAAGAACCUGUCCUUCAUUGACGCUGUCAUCCAUGAGACACAGAGACUGGCCAGCAUCGUUCCCAUGGCACUUCCUCACAAAACAAGCAAAGACAUCACCUUCCAGGGUCACUUUAUUAAGAAGGGGACCGCAGUGUAUCCUCUCUUGACAUCUGUUCUGUAUGAUGAGAGUGAGUGGGAGAAGCCACACAGCUUUUAUCCUGCCCACUUCCUGGACAAAGAUGGAAAGUUUGUCAAGCGAGAUGCCUUCAUGCCUUUUUCUGCAGGUCGCAGGGUUUGUCUUGGAGAGAGUCUGGCCAGGAUGGAGCUCUUCAUCUUCUUCACCACCCUCAUGCAACACUUUCGCUUCACUCCUCCACCUGGAGUUUCAGAGGAUGAAAUGGAUCUGAGUCCACGUGUGGGCCUCACACUCAACCCUUCAUCUCAUAAACUGUGUGCUGUUUCCUGUAUGUGAGCAAACUAUGACCACUGAUCACUUAAGACCAAAAACAUGAACCUUCUUCCCGAGGCUACACAUAUAUAAGUGAGCCUGAACCAAACCCUUUCUUGGCAUACUUGAUCGCAAAGAUGUAGUUUCAUUAUCUGGACAUUAAAUCAAACAAUAACUGCAUUAAAUAAUAAGACAAAGACCAUUUUUUCUGACUAAUGAUUGAGUUUGUUGAAGAAGUAAUUGACACCUGUCAAUCAUUGUCAUGAAAUGUUGUAAAUGUCAGUCAAACUUUAUGCUCCAUGAGCCAUCUUGAGUUCAAAUUCAAGUGACAGUGUCAUUCACCCAGAGGAUGUCCUCACUUACAGUCCAGCUCUGUAAUUUCCAAGAUGAACUGAACUUUUGCCUUCCCUGGUGAACCAUUCAGUUGUACAAACACCUUGUUUGUGUGCCACGCACCACCCUGUCCCCUGUGUAAGAUCAAGUCUGGUCACCAAGCCUCUGACAGUUCAUGCAGAAAUAUUGUUCCAGAUCUGCCACUCUGCCCUCCAAUAUCAUUUUAUCCUUUUCCAUAAUUUGUCUUUGUAGAUCCAAUGAAGUCCAGUGUCGGUUUCUGUUGUUUAGAGAUAUUUGUAAUCUCUCCUGACACAAAGUCGAGUGAUUCCUUUAUUUCCCUGACUUCCUCUUCUGAAGGUAUACUGGGCCUCUUUGUUGGUAUUGUGGGAAACUAGCACCUUUUAGACUUUCUUAAGAUUCUCUGUAUCACAGUGGUUUGAUCAUUAGGUGAGGAUCAACUAAAGGCCAACUGACAGAUGACAUCUAUAACAGCAGUGCCAUUUGUUGAGACAACCAACUGUUGUUCUGUGUUUUUGUGACCAUGUAAAGUUAAUGCAAGUUUGGCAGAGAAUACUAUGCACUGGUCUUCUUUCAAUGUUGCAUGACACUUUAAUGUAUAUUUAACAUUUACUUUUAAAAAGUGUAUGUCUUAGUAGAUGUCUUUAAGUUCCAUUUAAAUGUAUUAAAAAUGAAUAUACUAAUUCUGAAAUU